UUUUGGACAAUUCAGUUAUAAAAUGCAGAACAAACACUGACAACUAACUACAAGACAUAAUAGUUAGCUAAACUAAAAGUUCACAAUGAGUGAGGAACACUACUACCUAGAGCUUUGUGAAAAUCCUGUGCAAUUUGAAAAUGCCUCAAGCGUCAACAAUGUGUUUUUUGACGAAGCAAACAAACAGGUAGAGUACUAGUAGCCUAGGCUAGCUAGCAGGAUAUGCUCAGCUAUGCUGGUUACACCAGAGACAGACAGAUAUAGCUAGCUAGCUACAUGCUUAGUUAGCGCAAUUAUAGAUAGCUAAUUGUCUUGUUUUUACGACAUUUACCUUUCCAUUAAUUCAGCUAGGUACUGCAGUAUGUUGGCUUAUGUGAACGCAAGUACAGAUAACUUUCUUUGAUGAGGGUGGCUUUCACACUGUGUUAAUUCCCAUGUUGCAGCUUGGUCAAGGUCCUAAAGUGUAGCCAUACAGUAUAGCUAGUUAAUAUGGUAGGUACCAAGGAGGUAGACGAAUUAGUGAACUUCAGUCAACAUUAACGCAUGUCUCUCCACUGUCAACACUGGCAAUACAUUCACCAUCUAAACAAGUCAGUUUAGACGAGCAGUAACCCUCAUUCUAUUGCUUCAGGUAGAAGUUUCACUAUCGUCCUAAUGUAAUGUUUACCAGGCUCCAAGUCCUUUUAUAUAUUGAUCGUUCUCUAUUUACCGUGUUUGCGCCUUCAGGUGUUUGCAGUGCGAUCAGGGGGUGCCACUGGGGUUGUGGUUAAAGGACCAGAGGACAAAAGCUCAGUUGCUUUCAGGUAACAAGAUGAUGCAUAAAUUGUGAUGAAGAUCAUAAGCUCAAUGAUGAUUGUCUCUCAUGCAGUAUAUACAUUUUCUUCACAGAAUGGAUGACAAAGGAGAGGUGAAGUGCAUCAAGUUUUCGAUCGGAAAUAAGAUUUUGGCAGUCCAGAGAACACCAAAAUCUGUGGUAAGCAUUACAGCAAUCAUUCUCAAUGCAAUCAUUCUCAACUCAAUGUUAUUCAAACAUUGUGUUUUCUAUCCACACUGAUGGCCCAACUGUUUUUUUCUCUUAGGAUUUCAUAAAUUUCAUACCGGAUUAUCUGCAUUUGGAAUUCUCUCAGGAAUGUAAGGUAUGCAAGCAGUGUCAAAUGUUUCAAGUUCAAAAUAGCUGUAAUUUCUACAUGUUGUAACUAAGCAUGAGUCGAUUUUCUAUAGGUGUGAUUUGUUUUAUAUUCUCCUUUUUGAUUGGCAGAUGAAGAAUGCCAGUAUUUUGGGCUUCUGUUGGACCAACUGGAAUGAAAUCCUUUUCAUCACUGACCAGGGAAUUGAAUUCUAUCAGGUAACAAUAUUUCACAUGACUCAUAUUUAUUUUGCGAUACAUAAUAAGCCAGUUGUGUUUGUGGUUUAGGAUAGGAAUGCACUACCAGGAAAAUACAAGUUGCACACUCCUAGAUUGUUUCUUAGGUUAUUGUGUUGCAGCACAAUCAAUUGAAUUUGUCUUGUAUUGCUCUUUUUUAAAAACUAAAACAUUGUCACAUGAAGCUUACGUGACUCACUCAACUAAAUUAAAACUACAACCACUAGAGGUCUUCAUGUACCACUGACUGAGAAAUAAAAGUUGUCAGAGUUUGAAGUAUUAGGUCGAAUGGUAACGUUUCCACUUCAUACUGGAUAGGAAAUAGAGGAAUACUGCAAUGUGAACAGGGAUACCUAUUAGGCGUCAGAUUUGAGUUGAUGAUGUUGUCAGUGAGAUGCCCGCUGUGUUUAGGUGCUUCCUGACAAGCGCAAUCUGAAGCUGCUGAAGAGCCAGAGCAUCAAUGUGAACUGGUACAUGUACUGUCCUGAGACUGCAGUCAUCCUGCUCUCUACCACCGCCCAGGGCAACGUGCUGCAGCCGUUUGCCUUCAAGGUACCUGGUCACAACUGAGAUAACAGAUGUCUCAAAUGUCCAUCACCUGAUACAGUAAGACACAAUAUAUGCCACCAAAAGCUCAUGUUUGAGCAAGCAUUAGCAUCAAGUUGCUGGAAGUCUAAUCAUCAAACCUGUUGUUGUUUUUUGUCCUUCCAGAGUGGGACCAUGUCUAAAAUGUCCAAGUUUGAGAUCGAGCUUCCAGUGGUUCCCAAGCCAGCCAAGCUCAAUCUGUCAGAGAGGGACAUUGCUGUGGCCACCAUGUCAGUUUAACUGUGUUUGAAUUUAAAUUUAAUAUUUUGGCUCAAUAUUCAAGUAACAUUUUAAAACAAAAAGCGAAAGCCCUUUUGGGCAGUAUGAAGCAGCAUGAGCGCUGAAUGAGUUGUUCACUUUGUUUCUAAUGGUAGUUACGGUCAGCUGUAUGUAAUGUAUCUGAAGCAUCACUCCAGAACUACCGACAGUCCCUGUGCUGAGGUGGUCCUCUAUCAGCUAACCAGGUACAUCUUACAUUCCAUGUAGCAUAUUCCUAAUGGGCAUUCCUCUAAAUAUGCUGAAAUUCCUCCUUCUAACUUAACAUGGUCAUGCAGCAAUCAUAUCACACUUAGAUUCAGAGUUUCUUGUGUAACUAGAGAAAUAAGCACUAGCUAGAGUAAGAAGCCACUCAUAAGACAUUUACUGAAUCAAUGUUGAAAUGAAAUAUGCAUGGUGUUAUUUAUGAGUAGGGAAUACCUGAGGGGAUAAAGUGGAAUAUUAUGUCACUCACUGUCUUGUCGAAUGGCAUGUUGUUCCCAGGGAGGGAUCCUGUAAGAAGACCAAUGUGUUAAAACUCAACACCACGGGGAAGUUUGCCCUCAAUGUGGUGGAUAACCUGGUGGUAGUUCAUCAUCAGAGCUCUCAGGUGAGUCCUUUUGGCAAGAAAUGACAAUUGUAGCCUUUUGAGCAGGGUUCUCCCCAAAGAUUGUAAGAGGGGUGCUGUGCCACCUUGUGGACUGUCUGCGCCACUAUGUAAAAAAUGUACAUUGUUUUUCUAGAUUCCAGGAAAAGACAGUUACAGGUGUUCAUAAAUGCAAAAUCGCUGAGUCCAAAAGGGGACCACCUUGUUAAAAACUCAUGGGAAAACCCUGCUUGAGGUUAGACAGGCAAACUACUACCAUGGUCACGUUGUUUCAUAUCCAGGGUCCAAACCCGUUCAGUCUGGCAUGAUGUAGAUAAUGUCUUAUUUCAGACCUCCAUCAUAUUUGACAUCAAGCUGCGGGAGCCCGACUGUGCUCUGAACGUCCACCAGCCUGUGCUGCCUGGUCGCUCCAUCCACCCUUACAGGAUCCCCCUCACAGGUAUAGGCUGUUAAGUUCAUGUUUUAAGUAGCCCUAUAUUUCUGUUAUUAUGGUGCUAUCACUCUGUUAUUAGUGUGCCUGCGCUGUAGUCUCACGGGAUAGACCUGGCCUGAGUGUGAAGUAAACGUUGUUAAACUGGAACCUAGUCAUUGUGUCAUUUUGAGUUAAUAUUGGUAGCAGAGGAUGGUUAAUAACUACAAUGUGCCACCUCGCUUCGACAAGAAGAGGUCGUAUGAAAGUUGGAAAAAUGAACUUGGAUUCUGGACACGGGUUACUAAUCUGGGCGAGAAAAAGCAAGCACUUGUGGUGGUAUUAUCACUCGAGGGGAGAGCGAGAGAUACGCCGCUGUAAAUAUCCAUGGAGGAUUUGAACAAGGAUGACGGUAUGAGAAUUUUGAUCAGAGCACUGGGUUCUGUGUUUCUUAAAGAAGAGAAAGACUGUGCCUACGAGGCAUAUUCAAACUUUGACAGUGAUACUAGAGACAUUUCGGUUGCAAUGACGGACUACAUCAUUGAUUUCGAACAGAGCUACAAUAGGAUGUGCAAGUACGUCAUGGUUCUCCCGGAUGCAGUGUUGGCUUUCACGUUGCUAGAUACUGCCUGUCUGGAUGGUAGGGAGAAUCAGUUGGCUUUGACUGCUUGUACUGUGCUGACUUUUGCGUCAAUGAAGUCGGCACAAAAAAAUAACAGAUGGAAUGCAAGUGAGUGACAUGGCAUAUUACACUGAGCUGCAGAGAGAAGUCACGUUCUCAAGACAACCAGACAAGGGCGCCAUUGCCCGGCGCACAUCCACUGGACAGGUAUGGAAGGAGAUAAAAAUGUGCUAUUCGUCAAAGCACUUACCAUUGGGUUAAAGACUGUCCUCAUAAAAAUGAACAAGUUAAACUAACAGAGGAAAAUGUAAACACAGAGAUGGAGCAGUGUAACAUUACUGGUUUCAAACGAAUCUGCUUCUGAGAUCUUUAUAGUUGAAUCCUUAGGAUCUGCUGUGAUUGAUACUGCAGGAACACGCAGUGUGUGGUGCAAAAUGGCUGGAUAGCUAUGUCAGUGAACUAAAUAUGAAAGUACAAAAUAUGAUUGACACACCAAGCAACAGAGCUUUCAAAUUUGGAGAAUGGAGAGUCGUCCAUUCUACCAAGAGAGGCAAGAUACAGUUUUUGUCAGACUAAGUGUCGCAUUGAAACAGAGGUGGUCCCUGCAGAUAUCCCCUUACUAUUAAGCAAAGCUUCCCUCAAGAAGGCAGGGGCUGUACUAGACAUAACAAAAAUGACAAGGCAGUGAUGUUUAAACAACCAGUGACCUUUGAACUUACUACCUCAGGACACUAUUGUGGAAACAUUUUAGACAAAGGCAUCACACAGAGUCCAUGUAAAAAUGAGAUUCUGACAGACACAGAGCACAUGGAGAUUUUGACAGUCACAGAGAACAUGACCACAGUGGAAAAACACAAAGGAUUGUUCAACUUCACAAACAGUUUGGACAUGCUACAGCUGACAGACUUCAGAAAUGACUCAGCAGUUCUGGGAAUAAUAAUGAUGAGAGUAUUUCCAUUCUACGGCAGAUAGUUAACAACAGUUGUGAGACAUGCCAGAAAUACAGCAAACCUAAGCCCAGACCAGCUGUUGGUUUGCCACUGGCUUCCAAGUACAAUGAAACAGUGGCUGUAGAUCUACAUGAGCUAGGACCAAGUGUGUGGUACCUUCACAUAAUCUACCACUUCACACGUUUCAGUACUGGAAGCAUUGUGAAUACAAAGAAACCCAGUGAAAUCGUCAAGCACUUAAUUCAUUCCUGGAUAAGUGUGCAUGGCCUGCCCCAGAAAUUGUACAGUGACAAUGGAGAGAGUUCAAUAAUAAUGAAAUAAGGGAAAUGGCUGAGAAAUUCUACAUGGAAGUAAAGAUAACUGCUGCAUUCAGUCCAUGGAGCAAUGACUUCUGGAGAGACAUAAUCAAACACUCCCAGAGAUCAUGCUGAAAGUCAAGCAAGACAAUGGAUGUGACUGGAAAACAGCCCUAGAUUGGGCUUUGAUGGCAAAAAACUAAAUGCACAAUGUUCAUGACUACAGCCCAUACCAACUACAGUUUGGGCAGAACCCUAAUCUUCCCUAUGUACUGGUUGACAUGCCACCAGCACUAGAAGGGACCAGUGUGAGCGCAUGGGUGGGACAGCACCUUUCAGCACUACAUGCAGUGAGAAAAGCGUUCACUGAAGCAGAGUGUUGAGAGCGAAUUCGCAGGACUCUGCGUAAACGGCUUCGACCCACAGAUGAGAAGUACGAGACUGGAAACAAAGUGUACUACAAUCGAGUUGAGUGGAAAGGACCGGGAGUCGUCAUUGGCCAAGAUGAUGUGGUGAUAUUUGUGAGGCACCAUUGUCAGGGUGCAUCACUCAAGAUUGCGGAAAGUAAAUGAUCAACAAGAUGGAGGGGCUGUUGCUGAGAAUCAGCCUCCUACUGAAAAUGACAAAAAUAACACAUUAACAGACACAAACCUACCAGAUGUUGCAUCCAAUGAUAUGGACACUGAAACUGACACAGGAAAUGGAGCAGAGACCUUCAACCAUGACACAGGUUAUACUGUUGAGGGUUCAAAUGAGGAAAACGUUCAACAACAGCCACGUGUUAAGACAUUGUUCCAAUCUGAAAACUGGACAAACUGUUAAAUACAUGGACAGAGAAAGUGGUAUUCCACACACAGCAACAGUCAUUUGACAGGCAGGAAAAGCAAAAGGAAAACACCAGAACUGGUACAACUUGCAUUACUCUGAACCAGCUACACUUUCUGGUACAACAGGGUCAGCUGACCUGCCACUUGUAGAUAAUCUCAGAAUUGAACCAAUGGAAAAUGGAGAAAAACAGAAUGACAUUCAAAAUGAUGAUGUACUUGAAAUCAAGGACGUGUCAUUUGGCUCAGCUAAACUAGAUGAGCUCAGUAAUUGGAGGAAAAAUUGAGUGUUUGAGGAAGUCAGACAUUGGCCAAAAAUGUGUCUCAACAAGGUGGUUGUGUACCCUUAAAGAAUCCUUAACUGGAAUAGUGCCAAAAGCUUUUGAGGAGCUGGCUGCUAAAGAACUCCCAAAAGACUUACCGACAUGCGCCUCAGUCACUCAGAUAGCUGCUGAGUGAUCUGCCAGAAAAAAUGGAAACCUCAUUCCAUAGACAUCAAAUCUGCAUUUUUGCAGGGAACAGAGCUGUCAAGGGACAUUCACAUCCGACCUCCGCCUGAAGCUAAGAGCGAAGGAACACUGUGGAAACAAAAAAAAGGAGUGUGAUGGCGACUAUGUACUGUGGUAAUACGGUGAAGUAAACGUUGUUAAACUGGAACAUUGUCAUUUUGAGUUAACAUAGGCCACCCGGAUUUACUCUAUGUAUGUACACUCAGUGGCCAGUUUAUUAGGUACACCCAUCUAGUACUGGGCCGGAUUCCUUUUGCCUCCAGAACAACCUGAAUUCUUCGGGGCAUUGAAACAUUGCUCAAUUGGUAUCGAGGGACCUAACGUGUGCCAGGAAAACAUUCCCCACACCAUUACACCACCGCCACCAGCCUGUACCGUUGACACCAGGCAGGAUGGGGCCAUGGACUCAUGACGCAUCAGGAACCGGGAUUCGACGGACCAUGCAAUGUUUUUCCACUCCUCAAUUGUCCAGUGUUGGUAAUCGUGUGCCCACUGGAGCCACUUCUUUUUGUCUUUAGCUGAUAGGAGAGGAACCCGGUGUGGUCGUGGACGAGUUGUGCGUUCCGAGAUGCCAUUCUGCACACGACUGUUGUACUGCGCCGUUAUUUGUCUGUUUUGUGGCCCGCCUGUUAGCUUGCACGAUUCUUGCCAUUCUCCUUUGACCUCUCAUCAACUAGCUGUUUUCUGCCUUUCUGCCUGCUUUGUAUAGCAAGCCACGGCCACGUGACUCACUGUCUGUAAGAGAGAACUAUUUUGGUGAACGGAGUGGUGUUCUUAUAAACUGGCCACUGAGUGUGUGUGGACAGGCCAGUCCUUACCAACUGACUGGCUGUUUUGGUCACUGACUGGCUGACACUGGCUGACUCUCUGACUGGCUGACUCUGGCUGACCCUGUCUGACUGGCUGACACUGGCUGACUCUCUGACUGGCUGACUCUGGCUGACCCUGUCUGACUGGCUGACUCUGUCUGACUGGCUGUGUGUCUUUGCCUGUCUUGUCUGUCAGUCACUCCAGCUGUAACUGUAUCGCUCUGUCACUCUUGUGUGACAGACAGAGCUGUCUCUUUCUACCCAUGUGUCAUUCUGUCUGUCUGAGAUAUUACGUAAACUUUUAGAAGUUUUCUUUACAUUUCUUGUGCUCUCUUUCCCGCCCUUCCUUAUGUCCCGUCCCAUAUCUCUUAAAGCCCUGACAGAAACUAUCUUCACUUCUCUGACACUUCUCCCUGUCUCCGUAGGUCCUGCUGCUGUACCCAGCCAGCCCCCGGUGCCUUGUGAGCUCUGUAUCCUUCAUGAAAUGCCAGUAGCUAGAUGAGCUGCAGCGACACUUGUCAAUGAAAGGGUGUCAAUGACAAUUGGAACAGCUAGCAGGGAAAUGGUAGGUUGUGGUGUUACUGAUGAACAUGGAUGCUUCCCUUGACCUUCAGACUCCUCAUCUUGGAGCGUCUUUCAACCCGACAUCAUCAUCAGUGCAAGCGAAGGUGAGUGAGAACACCCCCACAUCUAACCAUAGACGACUAUGUCCCGGCUAACUGUCUGUAAUAAUUUGGACCAGAAACAACCACUAACCCCUAUUCACUGUAGAUCUGAUGGGAUCAGAUGGGUGUACAGUGACCAGUGUGGUAGUAGAGCCACCACCUCCUCUUGUAGGCUGUGUAGAAUGGUUGCCAUAUUGCUUGCACCUAUCCAAACUUCUCAUAUCUGCAGUUUGUUGUUCCGGAUGGGGCUCAGGUUCUCGCAUGGUUGUCUGACCUGUUCUGUGUGUUCCCCCUCUGCUUCAGGGUGUCUGACCGGUUCUGUGUGUUCCCCCUCUGCUUCAGGGUAUCUGUGGUAUCUGCAGGUGAAGCUGCCGCCGGCCGUCAACCUCCUGAAGGACAAGGGCAAGCUGAUUGACUUCCUCCUCCGCAGACGAGACUGCAAGAUGGUCAUCCUGUCCGUGUGCUCACAAAGUAAGACUGCCUUGUGAAACAGAGACUGUGUUCGACGCUGAAUGAAUCACACUAAUAAAACAAGGUUGUAGAAUAGACGAUAAGGGGAGCCUAAACCAUAGUGAACAUCGAUAGUGUUCACUCAAGGCCUCUCUCUCUGUGUGUUUUCAGUGCUCAACGGGGAAGACAAGGGGAGUUUACCAGUGGUGGCCACAGUCUUCGACAAACUCAACCAAGUGUACAAAGAGUACCUGGAGGCAGAACAGACCUACACUGUUGUGAGUACUGUCUAUUAGGGCUGGGACCAUACCAGUAUCGAGCAAACAAAACAAUAAGCGUAACGUCUUUAGGAGAACAACUCUGUUGGAAACAAACAUCGUUAUGUUGUCAUAUUUAUUUUCCAAGGUGUAGCACACUGUUUUACAUACGGCUGUUUUUUAAAGCAGCAAAGAGUUGGGUCUGCUUCGGGUUUUUAUUUGUGCCAUGGAAGAGACACUUUUUCUAGCAGAGCUAUCUUGACUGCUAGCAAGACAUGAUCAGAGAAUACAGUGUUGAAUGCAUGUGGCUAAAUGGAUUUACUUCAAUUAUAUUAUUUUUGAUAAAUGCACAGCAACGCUAAUUGUGUUAAAUAGUUAGCUUCUUAAUUUAUUUGAAAAUCAAGUGACACUAGUGAAAAGAUAUUUAGAACAGUAGUGGUAUCUUACUAGUAGAUCGGUCUAACAAUUUUGAUUGUGUAACUUGAACAACAAAAAGGAUUAACAUGAUCUAGUCAACUGAACAGAUUUGAGUUUUCAUCCGUAUUACGGUGGAUCAGGACAGCAUCCCACACAAUGUCUGUUGCAGUAACUUGCCUAUGUUGUUUCCUGUUGAUCUCUUCCAGGCUAUGGAGUCUGGUCCCAGUCGAGGCAGCACUGCUCGGGAGAGGCCCGUCCGUACGCAGGCGGUUAUCGACCAGUCAGACAUGUACACGCACGUUCUGUCCUCCUUCACAGAGAAAAAGGUGACGCGGUGAAGCACAUUAUUCAAUUGAACGUUUUUUUUUCCUCAAUUGUCUGUAAGAUGACUGAACAUGAUAUCGUUUCACCCCUCCAACAGGACAUAUCUCACAAAUUUAUCAUUGCUGUGCUGAUGGAGUACAUUCGCUCACUCAACCAGGUCCAGAUCACUGUGCAGGUAGGUACUCAUUGCAGAAAUGUAUUUUCGGGGGGCUCUUAUCAGAACAGAGUUUUGUGUUUUUUUAUGCAUACUGGUGGGAUGACACUGUUUCAUCUUGUAACAUGUUCUCAGUGCUACAUUAGUAUGCUUUGUGUUCCUGUACAUUCUGCAUAUUUAUUGUCCCAUAUUGCCAUGGAGAUAUUGUCAUCAUAUGACCUUUCAAUUGGGAACUGUGACGUUGAGUUGUCUGAAAUAUAAGGUCCACUUUCUCCUUCUCUGUUUUUCCCCCAGCAUUACCUGUAUGAGCUGGUCAUUAAGACGUUGGUUCAUCACAGCCUCUUCUACAUGCUUCAUCAGUUCCUGCAGUACCACGUCCUCAGCGACUCUAAACCUCUGGUGAGUCCGCAAUUAUUAGAAACUAAGCUCAACUAUUUAAUGGUAGUUUGGUCCUGUAGUCCUCAAUAGGUUUUGGGUAUUCAGAGGAGUUGGAGGUUAAAGUUUUUAAUACAAAGGGCUAGCAAGCUGUGAUUGCUGAAGACUCAAUGCUUCAGAAAAGAUCUAGGUCAAAUACUUCAGCUGCACGUCAUAAGGUUUGCCUGGUGCAAUGGAAACAAUAUAUAAUCCUUUUGACAUAUAUGUUUGACCCAGGUUUUUGAAAAUCUAUUCCGAUGUAAUAUUUAAUCCAAUAUAAUGCGUGGGAACCACCUCCUCCUCAUAUAGCCUUCCCGUGAUCCCAUUUCUCACCAGCUAACUGUUUGUUGCAAGUAAAAGGCACAAGGCUACUGUAGCGGUGGUUGAUUAUGUACUCUGUCUCUUGUUACAUUGGUUGAGCAGACCUUGGAUCAGUUCCACUGUAAGAUUUUUAUUUUGAUUGGUCGUGGAAUUAACAUCUGUAGUGUCUGUAUUGUCUUAAGGCCUGUUUGCUGCUGUCUCUAGAAGGUACAUACCCCGCUGCACACCAGCUCUCCCUGGACAUGUUAAAGGUACGACGCACAUACACACUCACAUGCACUUGUCUCACACACACACAUGCAGACUAUUUAAACAGCUAUCGGAUAUCACACAGGACAUCCCCAAAGUCCUUUGUAGAAUUGGGCGGCAGGUAGCUUAGUGGUUAAGAGCGUUGUGCCAGUAACCGAAAGGUCGCUGGUUCUAAUCCCCGAGCCAACUAGGUGAAAAAUCUGUCGGUGCCCUUGAGCAAGGCACUUAACCCUAAUUGCUCCUGUAAGUCGCUCAGGAUAAGAGCGUCUGCUAAAUGACUAAAAUGUAAAUGUUGUUUUCCAGAGAAUCCUAUUUCAAAGUUCCUUUAGACAAUUUUCUAUUAGUACAACUAAUUAUAGAAUAACUUAAUUCAUGGCUAACUUAUAACAAUAAAUCCAGGCACUCAUGUAGACAUGUUUAACAUGCUGGUCUGUAACAUCCUACGUCUAUCUAUGUGUGUGACAGAGACUGUCCACGGCCAACGAUGAGAUCGUGGAGGUGCUCCUGUCCAGGCAGCAGGUGCUGGGUGCGCUGCGCUUCAUCCGCAGUGUGGGCGGCCACGACAACAUCUCCGCUCGCAAGUUCCUGGACGCGGCGCUCCAGACGGCCGACCAGAUGCUCUUCUACACCAUCUUCCGGUUCUUCGAGCAGAGGAACCUGCGCCUUAGAGGCAGCCCCAGCUUCAACCCAGGUGAGGCAACACCUCUACACUAGGUCUUCAGCUGAAAUGGCACCCUAUUCACUAUGUAGUGCGCUACUUUUCACCAUGGCUCACGUAGGAGACCACUUACUCAAGAGCCACAUUGUCUUAGGUCAGAUGGCUUGACUUACCAAUAGCGUGACUUGUCCGCACCGAUAGGUCGAAGGAAUAGCACUGCGUAGGGUGGCACCAAAUUCCUGUGUUUCUAUGGCUCUGGUCUGACUAACUCUUUUGUAAUGACCGUAGAAAGAAUUCACACAUUGACUCUAGAAUGUUGUAGAAAUGUUGAUAACGCCAUAGUUUUCAAUAAUGAAUGAGUGCCCUCUGUGUGAUUUAUAUUAGAUUACCUUGACCCAAAUAAUAACUCAGUUAAAGCAGGAACAACAGGCAUGUGCUGAAGCAGUUUAGUUGACCUCGCUUGCUGUUAUUGUGUGCUCGUAUUGCUUUUUUUAUUCAUACGAAUACAUUUACCCCAAUUGCAUGGUUUCUUUGAAACGUUGGAACAUGUGUGAGUGGGAGACCAUCCGUGAUUGUGAACCUGCUUCCUAUAGGUUUCAGAUUUUAUAGACGCCCACAUUAUCAACGCAAACUGAAAUCCAUGACAAAGAGCAAAGCAAAGACCUGUCUAAAUAUCCAAUGUAAAAUGUAAAUGAAUAAGGGGACACAAUCGGUACCAAUGCUAAAAACACAACCAACAGGUGUGCAGUGCGGUAACAAAUAAAACUUGGAAUAAAUAUCUAAUUAAUUAAUUAAUGAAUUGCUAAAAAUUCACUUCCCACCCAACUGCCACUGGCGUAUUGACUGACCUUUGACCCAAUACUCUGUUUUGAUUGGCCUUUAGGUGAGCACUGUGAGGAACACGUGGUAUACUUCAAGCAAGUUUUCGGGGAGCAAGCAAUCAUGAAGCAAGCAACAGUUUGAGGAAUGACAUUUCAUCUUAUACCACAGCCAUUAACUUAUUGUAAAAAAUUGUUGAAAUCAUGCUAAUAAAAUAAUUUGUACAUACUCUAACAAUAAA